UACGACCGAUGAGCGCUCUUUACGACCUGUCAUAAUUAACACGACGCGGGCUCCGCCAAAUUCAAAUUCACACAUCAAAUUUCACGCGGUGAAUGGUUUGCAGGUGGAAGUCAUCGGACACAAAGAUUAGCCACAUUUCGAUGCCUUUUCGAUUUAAAAUUAUUACAGUAUUUUAUCAAACCAUAGAGAACUUAUUGUCUAACGUUCGUCUAAUGCUAAUUGAAAAUACAUUUAUGUUGAUGGACUUCUCAUUCCCUAUCUUGCUAGCUAGCUACUACUGGCUAGCAAUACAGGUGCAAAUUGGUGUUGCAAUUAAUUAGCAUGCGAAUGACUAGUCAUAUUUUCAAUAAAAUCAAAGACGAGGAUUGUUGUGGCGAAAGAAUCACGUACAAAAACUGCAUAUUUAACCAAACCGUUCUGGAAAAUCAAGUUGCCAGCAAUCGGCAUAAUUUUUUUCUCCAAAAACUGAAACGGGUUUGCUAACGUUACUAGCUAACUGUAGUAACAGCCAACUAAUAAUUUGAUCAUUUGGACAAUAACUCGAUUAUUCAGACCAGGGGCAUCCUGGUUAAGACAGGUUUGACUUCAACCACCUGCUUACAUUUAUUAAUGGUAAUAGCUAAAUCAAGAUAAUUCAAGUUCAACCAAACAUGAGGGAGAACAUGAAGGCUGUGAGCCAGCAGCAAGCCAGCCAGCUCUUACACAACAAGUUUGUUGUUGUCCUGGGGGACUCGAUUCAGCGCUCAGUGUAUAAGGACAUUGUGCUUCUGCUGCAAAAGGACAAAUAUCUCAGCUUGGGUCAGCUCAAGACUAAGGGAGAGAUGAGCUUCGAGCAAGACAUCCUGGUGGAGGGCGGACGGCUGGGUCAAAUGACCAAUGGGACGGAAUACCGUGAGGUGCGUCAGUUCCGCUCAGACCACCACCUGGUGCGGUUCUACUUCCUGACGAGGAUCUACUCGCGCUACAUGCAGAGCAUCCUGAGGGACUUCGAAGACGGUCUCAAACCAGACGUCGUCAUCGUUAACUCCUGUCUCUGGGACGUCUCCAGGUAUAACCCUAAAUGGCAUGUUGAGUACCAGGAGAACCUUCAUAAGCUCUUCGACAAGAUGAACUCCAUCCUGCCUCCUGAAUGUCUGGUCAUCUGGAACAUGACCAUGCCCCUGGGGAAGAGGAUCGUAGGGGGCUUCUUCGUUCCUGAGAUGGAGCACAGGGGCCCAACGCUGUGCUACGACGUGAUCCAGGCCAACUUCUACAGCAGCAAGGUGGCCGACGCCUACGGCCUUGACGUCCUGGACCUCCACUUCCAGUUCCGCUUCUCGCUUGCGCACCGCAUGAAGGAUGGGGUCCACUGGAACUCUCUGGCCCACCGACGUAUCACCGCCUUACUGCUGCAACAUGCUGCAGAGGCCUGGGGAGUGGUGCUGCACAGUCCUGCCACUACUGUUGAACACAUUGAUCAUUCAGAGCAGCAGCAGCUCAAAGCCCACACAAAAACCAUGACCAAGAACAGAGUUUGUGUUAUUCCCUCAUUGCUACACACCUGGCACUACCCACCAGAGCCUCAUUUCAGGAGACCAGACCCCAGGAUGAUGAACCCAGGUCACUGCAGUGUUGCCUGGGCAACAGAGGGGUUUGGACAUUAUGACGGAUACGAGCCUGAGGCAAACUAUUUCACUCCCAAUUCAGCAGGAUGGAAUCCUGCUGAGGACUCAGGCCUUGAGCCCUACAGACCAGCUUCGGAUGAACCCUACAGGCCUCUGGAAGGGAAAUACAACGGCUGCGGAGAACAGUUCUACGAGGACGAGCUUCCUGUCCACCCCAAGUACGGCGUUGGCUACUUCAGCUUCGAGGAGGACCAAGCCGACAGACCAAGCCUGGUCAACAGACAGCCGACUGCCCCGGUGCAUCACAGACACACCCAAGUGGUCAACCACAGACAGACGGCGGUCUACAAACAUCCCCCAGUCAACAGACACUCACAGGACAACAGAUGCAGUGAAAAUAACGGGAUGGUCCGGAACAGAACUAGACACUACAGGCCGGUGCAGCAUAAUGAGGCCUACCACCCCAGACCCUACGUCCCUCUCCGUCCUGAGAACCAGUAUGUGAUGAGGAAGAAACAACCGAAGAAGCACUACGCCCCGUACACAUGCCAGAGAUACUGACUGGAAAGCUCUUGUACUUUAGUUCUGUGUAGCUCUUUGGUGUAGACUGUGCAAACUAGGAUAGAGCUUUUCCUGGACCAUGUGACCAGGAAAAACUCCGGGCCCUGUAUAUAGUGUUCAAACUAAUGGUACUUGCUCAUCUCAUCACGUGAUUAUGUAUAGGCAGCGUUUAAAGGUAUUUCAUAAUUCUGUAAUUUGCUUGUGUAUCCCAAACAUGUGUGGUGCCUCAAACUACAUUUCUAAAGGGCUGUGUAUUGCCUUCUGCUCAAGAAAUCAUAGUUUUUUAAAAAUUGUUUAUUUUUACUAUUGAGGCUUUUUAAGUUGAAAGGCUGUGACAUUAUAUUCUGUCAGUCUAUAUCUUAGUAUUAUCUUGCCAUUGUUGGGGGUUGGUUGUAUGUUUAGGCAUACUGGAAAAAUGUUACA